UCAGCUGAGAACACAUUUCUCCUCCAAGCCCAUCCCCUGGGUGGAGUCCAUCUCCCAUCAGCACUAGAUGACUUUACUGAUUUUUGAAACGUGAUAGCUUUUUUUCUCUCUCCGGUAUUGGGAUACACGUGCCAAGGACCACUUGUUUGAAGUAAAGCAUCCAAGGUGCUUCAUAGGAACAUAAUCGGAAAAAACUGAUACUGAAUCAAAGAAGGGGACAUUAGGACAAGUGACCAAAUAUUUUGUCAAAGAGAUUUUCUUUAUGAACUCUGGACAUUUGGUGGAUAUAUUGGAGGCCUUGUAAGCAAUGGGUAUCAUAGCCUUCUUGAAAUCUCAGUUCAUCUGCCACCUUCUUAUAUGCUACAUCUUUGUAGUGACUGGACUCAUCAUCAACUUACUUCAGCUGUGCACACUGAUAAUAUGGCCGAUCAACAAACAACUCUACAGGCGAAUCAAUUGCAGAUUGGCGUACUGCAUUGCCAGCCAAUUGGUGUGGUUGCUGGAAUGGUGGUCAUGCACAGAAUGUACCCUUUAUACUGACCAAAAGGAUUACAUUAAAUACGGUAAAGAGAAUGCCAUAGUUAUUCUCAAUCAUAACUAUGAGAUUGAUUUCCUCUGUGGAUGGGACUUCUGUGAAAGAUUUGGUGUUUUGGGGAGUUCAAAAGUACUAGCAAAAAAGGAGCUGGCUUAUGUUCCUCUCAUUGGUUGGAUGUGGUAUUUUCUGGAGAUAGUAUUUUGCAAGCGACAGUGGACUGAAGAUCGCAAAAACGUAGUCCAGAGUUUGCUUAAUCUACGGGAUUACCCUGAAAUCUUUUGGUUUCUGAUUCACUGUGAAGGAACACGAUUUACAGAGAAAAAACACCAGAUCAGCAUGCAGGUGGCUGAAGCAAAAGGCUUGCCCAAGCUAAAGUACCAUCUACUCCCUCGAACAAAAGGCUUUGCACUCACCGUGCAAUGUCUAAGGAAUGCAGUUCCAGCUGUGUAUGAUGCUACACUCAAUUUCAGAAAUGGUGAAAACCCGACAUUGCUAGGAACUUUACAUGGAAAAAAGUACCAUGCGGAUCUGUAUGUUCGACGAAUCCCAUUGGAAGAGAUCCCUGAAGAUGAAGGGGAAUGUGCUGCCUGGCUUCAUAAGCUAUAUCAAGAAAAGGAUAUGCUGCAGGAGGAAUACUUCAAAAGAGGCUUUUACCCUGGCACUCCAAUUGUACCAGCAAAACGACCAUGGGUCCUUGUAAACUGGCUGUUCUGGGCUGCAUUGUUGCUGUUUCCUUUAUUUAAGCUAGUUGCUAACAUGAUCUGCAAUCGAUCUUCCUUGACCCUAAUCACUUUUUCACUUAUCAUCGUUGCAGCCUCCGUUGGUAUGCGAUGGAUGAUCGGAAUGACAGAAAUAGAAAAAGGCUCCAGUUACGGCAACAAUGGCAUGAACCGAAAAAAUUAAUUUCCAUGGAGACUGCUAGUACCUAUGUAUUCUUGAAGAGGAGUUGUGGCAGAUUCUAGGGUCAAGGGGAAGAAGAAUCUAAAUUGCUGUUUCUUUAGUGUACAGAUCACUGUGUAGAGUGGCAUCUUAAUCUGCACAAAAGGACAAAAUGAAUUGGUAUCCUUUUGUGAUAUAUGUGGUGUGUGAAGCUAUUCACACAGUAAUAAAUGGUGAAAUUGGAUAUUGUCAGAGAAUGCCACACUAAUAGUGUCACUUACAGAUCUGACAUAUUGAGGCUUUCAAUAUUAUAUGACAUUUCAAUCUAAAUGGAAAUGACUUUUUUAAAAGAAAACCUGGUGUAACUGAAGAAUUCAGCCUUCUUUUUCUAAUAACAUUAAAUUGUGCUUCUAACUUA